AUGGAGAGAUUUGGUAAAUACAAAAUCUCAUUUGUGGAGAGACCUAAUAAGAUAACAUUCUCAUCAAUAGAGAGUGAAAGGAGGUUAGCAACCACCGUGGAGUCCCUUGUCAAACUCACUCUUAAGGAAGACGAAGAACCGAUAACUCUCCAGGUGCAGAAUCAGAAUCAUGGUGACAUCUACUACAGGACCGGUCGCACUGUAUCACUUGGAAAUAUAUUGAAAGAUUACUGUGAACGUAAAGGUUUGGUGUAUGGAGAAAUGCGUUUCAUCUACGAUGGAAAAAGGGUACGCUCAACUCACACCCCACAACAACUGGAAAUGGAGGAUGAUUUUGUUAUUGAUGCAAUGUCCGAGCAGAUUGGUGGUUAA